GUCGAUAACCAUAGGACGUAGAGGACUCUCUUUUCUUUUUAUGGAGAAGAAUAAUUUAUUUUGUUGACAAUUUGUUGCCGUUACUUAUUUAUCUUUUUUUAGCUGCUUCUUGUAUCCUGAAAUAAGAUCUGUGGACAUUUUAUUAUGUUUUAUAUUUUGUCUCGUAAGUUAAUGUUGUUAUUGCUUAAUACAGGAUAUUUUGUUACCAUCUUCAAUUGCUCAGAAAGAGAGACGAAAAUAACGUUGAAAGUUUAUGUAAUCAUGUGGAUCUUUCUACCUGUGCUCAAAUUUAUCAUUUCCAAAUUUAUUGGAAUUAUGAGAAGUAUUAUGAAGUUAUUUAUUCCGUUGAAAUAUCAAAUGAAGGACAUUUCUGGCGAGAUUGCUCUCGUCACAGGUGCUGCCGGAGGUCUUGGAAGAGCAAUAGCCAUCGGUUUAGCUAAUCAUGGUGUCAUCGUUGUCAUUUGGGACAUCAAUCAGAACGGUAUCGAAGAAACGAUGGAAUUGAUAAAAGCAGCGGGUGGUACUUGUUACGGAUACGUUUGCGAUGUUCGUAUUCGCGAUGAUAUUUACAAAACGGCUGAAAUUGUUAGAGAAGAAGUUGGUCAGGUAAACAUCUUGGUUAAUAAUGCAGGAGUGAUAAAUAUUGGAAAUUUCUUGGAUAUUCCAGAUAAUCUUCUUAAUCGUACAAUGGAAAUAAAUAUCAUGAGUCAAUUUUGGACAGUAAAAUCAUUUCUCCCGGCGAUGAUAAAAAGCAAUAAAGGUCAUAUUGUAAGUAUAGCGAGUGCAGCUGGUCAUAUGGGGUGUCCAAAACUAGUUGAUUAUUGUACCUCAAAGCACGCAGUUGCUGGAUUCAUUGAAUCAUUACGAUUAGAAUUAGAGUACGAGGGAUAUAAUAUCAAUACUACAAUAAUAUCUCCUUACAUCAUUCGCAAUACGGGCAUGAAUAUAGGCAGAAUUGCUCGGUUUGCAUCGUCUCUCAGUCCGAAUGAAGUCGCUGAAAAAACGAUAAUAUCCUUACGAUGUAACAAAUAUAUCGUUAUUAUACCAGCAUUCCUUAAAGUUCUAAUAAUUUUGAAAUGGAUACUAUGGGAUUUCUUUCGUAUGUUAAUUCCUUCUUUAAUCAACUAUAAUACUUUAUCCAGCUAUGAACCGAUAAAGGAAUCAUCAGUAAAACAAAGUCCAAUAAGGUCCAAAAUUGUCGAGCGAAACAUUAAUAAUUAACUGGUCGUAUAUUUUCAGUUUUUUAUUUGCGCAUUUUUAUUAUAACCAUUACU